AUGGAGAGCGCGGUGGCGAGCCACGGGGAUGGCCUUGUGGCGAAGCUUGCGCAGCUGGUGUGCGAGGAGUUCCGGCUACUCAGCGGCGUCUGCGGCGAGGUCGGCCACCUGAGGGACGAGGUGGCCGUCAUGAACGCCGCCCUCCGCCGGUUCUCCGAGGCCGACGAGAGCGCCGUGGACCACUUCGUCCGGGAGUGGAUGAACCAGGUGCGAGAGCUCGCCUACGACGCCGAGGACUGCAUCGACGUCUUCUUGCUCCGCAUCAGCUACAGCCCGCCACGGGCCGCCGCCGGUGCGUUCGGCCGCGCCUGGCGCCGGCUUGUCACAGCCUGGCCGCGGCGCCGCCUCGCCGUCGACAUCAGGAAGCUCCGCGCCCGUGCGCGCGCCGUCAGCGAACGCCGCGCGCGUUACGGCAUCGACGGCCAGGCGCUGCCCCGCGCCGUGUGGUUCGUGCCGGAUCACGCGACGGUGCCUCCCUCCUGCACCGUGCGAGGCCAGCAGCAGCUAGUCGGCAUCGACGACCUGGUGCGACGGCUGUCCGCCGCCGUCCUGGCGAAGUCGCCGGACAAGCUGACGAGUGACAAUCUGCCCGACGCGAGUCUCAAGGUGUUCUCCGUCGUUGGGUUCGCCGGGCUCGGGAAGACGACGCUUGCCAUGGAGGUUUGCCGAAGCCUGGAGGAGGGUUUCGACUGCCAGGCAAUCGUGUCGGUGUCUCAGGCGUUCAACGCCGGCAAGGACCUCGGUGGACUGCUCAAGCAGCUGCUUAGGAAGGUCGUGAGGGUUGCAAGUGAUCAUAGUCAAGACGACGGGGACGACGUGGACGAGCUGGCGACGACGCUUGGACAGCUUCUCCAUGGCAAGAGGUACCUCAUUGUGAUUGACGAUGUAUGGUCCAUAGCAGCAUGGGAAGCGAUACAAACAGUACUGCCAGACAACAAGUGCAGCAGUAGAAUCAUUGUGACCACUCGCAUGGAGCAUGUUGCCAGGGCAUGCAGCUCAGCCAGCCUUGAGGAAGACUACUACAUCCAUCGAAUCAAGCCCCUCCGAUUCGAGGACGCCAAGAAGUUGUUCACCGACACAGUGUUUGGCCAUCAACAAGAUUGCCCAGAGCAUUUGGUAGAAACAAUGCAAAGGAUACUAACAAGAUGCUGUGGACUACCGUUGGCUAUUGUCUGCAUCGGCAGACUUAUGGCAGGCUACAGGUCACCGGGGGGAGCAGAGAUGUGGACAAGAAUCUCCAACUCGAUUGGCUCCCAGAUGCAGAACAACCCUACCCUUGAAGGGAUGAGGCAGAUCAUAACACUCAGCUACAACCACCUGCCCCAUCAUCUCAGGGCCUGCAUGAUGUACCUCAGCAUCUUCCCUGAAGAUUACGCCAUCGGCAAGAACAGGUUGCUGUACAGAUGGAUCGCUGAAGGCUUGGUCUUCGAGCAGCGAGGCCUGACACUCAUGGAGGUCGCAGAGGCCUACUUCGACGAGCUGGUGAGCAGGAGUAUGAUCCAGCCACCGCACGUCGAACCCUACGGGAAGGCACCCAAGUGUCGAGUGCACGACGCUAUGCUCGAUGUUGCCGUGUCGAAGGCCCUAGAAUCCAACUUUGUCAGCUUCUUGGUAGGAGAUGGCACUUCGUAUGGCGGCACUGUUCGUCGUCUGUCCAUCCAGAGCGAUGACAUAAUAGCGUCUGACAAUAUGGACAGCACAGAUUUCAGCCAUGUCCGGUCACUGACCACAUUCCGUCCUAAAGGCAACCGAAAGCUGCUGGAUAAACUCGCCGAGUUCAGCCUCCUGAGGGUGCUCGACCUGCAGGGUUGCAAGGACUUGCAGAACCACCACAUGAAGCACGUUUGCCGGUUGUUCCUGCUCAGGUUCUUGGGCCUGAAUGGAACCGACAUCACAGAACUCCCUGCCCAGAUAAACAGGCUGCAGCAUCUGCAGACACUGUGGCUGUACGAAACACUGCUCCACAAGGUCCCAGAAUCACUGGUCGAUCUAGAAAAGCUCGAGCGUGUGGGCUUCACGAACAGGCAUGACCAGAGAAUCCUUUUAAGGCUACCUCGUGACAUCAGCAAGAUGAAGGCGCUGCAACGGAUAUACAGCUUCGAGCUCCGUGAGGGCGACGCUGGACUCGCCCAGGAGAUCGGGGACCUUGCACAGUCGUUGCGAGUUCUCGGCGUCAUCCUCAGCUGCAAGAAUUGCUCCAGGGCGCAGGUUCUCGCCAACCUUGCCGGAUCCAUAGGCAGGUGCUCCUCCCUCCAUGAGCUGUUUCUGGAUGACAUGCAGUUUGAUGCGAACAACAUGAAUUUUCUCCUCGACAUGGCCCCCAUCGCGUCGCCCAGGUUCCUCCGAGUGCUCUACAUCCGUGGCACCAUCGACAGAAUCCCGGGCUGGGUGAAGUCGCUAGCUCACCUCGUGCUGGUAGAGCUAUGGUGGGUGAACCUUCCCAGCGACGAGAUCUAUGGCGUCCUGCACGUGCUGCCCAGCCUGUCGAAGAUCAUCUUGGGCAGGAGAUGCUGCAGCGACGACAGGCUGGUGGCGAGCAGCGCCUUCAGGUUCCCGCUGCUCAAAGAGCUCUUCUUCUUGCUUGCUGGCAAAGGAGGUAUUACACCACGAGUUCUCGGGUUCGAGGAAGGUGCCAUGGCAAAGCUCGAGACCUUGGUCAUGGAUUUCCAUGGCGAGGAAAGGAUUAAUCUUGAUGGCGUCGAGCACCUGAAGAGCCUGAGGGAGGUGCGGCUCUAUGGCUGGAAGAACUACAGUGCGCAGCGUGACGUAGCGGACCAGCUGAAGGCUGAGAGCUUGAGUCGCCAUAGGUCGGAUAAGUUCAAAGUUAUACUGACAUACAGUGAUCUGCUGUCCAAACUGUAA